UAGCCAGUUAAUUUGUGGCUCAAGUAAUUAACGUAAAUCAACUCCCUAACUUGUCAGCUGAUUGUUGCCUUUCAUUGGAAGGCUUAAUUGUUUUUUCCUCUCGGUUUCAACUGCGCUUUGAAUUCUUGUCAUUUGAUUAUUGCCUCAUCGAAAGUAAAUCCUAUUCCAAUUACAUGUAAUUCACAACCAAACUGCUCAAACUGAAAUGCUUACACCCCGAUGAAUUAUCACAAUAAACAAACCGAAUUAUCUUUUUAAUCUGUGAAAUCCUUUUUUGCUUUUCAUUAGAAUCUAUUGAGUUAUAAACACUGAGAUUCAGUUGCUCAGUCAUCAGAUUUUUUUCAACAUCUAGAGUUUUACAAACAUCAUGUUGUCGACAUUAAGUGGGCCUUCAAUUGGUUUCGGACUUCGUUUCUUGGAACAAUUAAACACCAACAAUUCGAAUAAGAAUGUCGUUUUCUCUCCUUUAAGUGUCAUCUUAGCCUAUGGAAUGUUAUUGGAAGGAGCGACUGGUAGAACUGGAGAACAGAUCAAAGAGGUUCUCCAAUUAUCUUCUAUUGGUGAUCAAAAUUCUGAAAUUUCUCAAGCCGCGAAAAAGCUUCUUGAUGAAUAUAAAUCGAUUGCUGAAGGUUCGAGUGAUCGCAACUUCUCAUUGGUUUUAGGUAAUUUGGCGAUGGCCAAUAGAGCUUAUCCAUUAAAAGAAGCGUUUGUCCAAAGCUUAUCGACUAAUUAUUUCGCUCAAGCGACAAAUGAAGAUUUUCUAAAAGGAGUCGAAGUCAUGAAUAAGCUAAACUCGUGGGUCUCUGAAAAGACUUUUGGCAAAAUCGAUGAAAUCUUAUCCGAACCUCCGACUCCACAAACGAUAUUAAUGCUGAUAAACACCGUUUAUUUCAAAGGAAAAUGGGUCGAACCAUUUAAUAAAGGAACUACAUUUGAUGAGACUUUCAAUAAUUCUGAUGGAACUACGAGUAAGAUCAGAAUGAUGUCAAUUCGAAAUAAAAAUCGUAAUUACCUCCACAAUUCCGUGGAUAAAUUCAAGAUUGUUGAGCUUCCAUACAUCGGAGAUGUUAGUAUGAUCUUCAUUCUACCCACCGAAUCCAACACAUUAUCCGGUUUACUUCCUACGUUGAAUUCAAUUGGAUUAGAAAAUCUUUUGGAUUCUAUGAAAUCAACAAAGCUUCGUACUCUUAAUAUUCCAAAAUUCAAGCUUGAAGAUACCCACAAGUUACAUGAGAUUCUUCCUCGUAUGGGAAUGGACUUGCCCUUUAGUGGACACGCAGAAUUUCAGAAUAUCACUGAAGAAUCUAAACUACUAGUAUCCGAAUCAAUUCAAAAGGCUCUGAUCGAAGUCGAUGAAGAGGGAACUGUCGCUGCAGCGGUGACUUCUAUCAGGAUGAUGAGAUGCUGUAUGAUCUCUCCAAAAGAAGAAGAAGAAGAUUUCAUUCUUGAUCGACCUUUCAUCUUCAUGAUUCGGGACAAAUUGUCGGGAAUUAACCUAUUCAUCGGUCAAAUGAAUAAAAUGCCAGAUCUUAACUAAUCUCUUUUAUGUAUCUCAUUCAACACUUGAAUAAGAAUAAAAAAAUUUCAAUAAUCA